AUUACAACUUUGCUCAAUGCGAUAAGAGUUGUAUUGUCUUACUAAAAAACCUAAUUUAUUCCAAAAUGAUACACGACGCCUUGAUAAUUUUAUGGAAUGCUUCGGGAUUGGACGAUAGUGAGAAUAAAAAGGACAUGAAUUUCGCUGAACAGGGUGAUAUUGAAAUUUAUAAUCGAAUAUGUGACAUAGCAAAAUCUCACCAAAAAAUAGAAAAUUUCAUUGAAUCUACCGGAUUCCAUAGUAGAAAAUCGCAGAAUGGAGUGAAACCCUAUGGAUUAUAUGCACAAGCUCUGGGUGAAGGUAUGACAGAGGUACUUCAAUCAUACAAAAAGACUUUGAUAGAAGUUGAAAGUCUUGUUAUUGGAAACCACAAUUACACACUGUCAUUUGUGUACAGCUAUGUUGAGAAGUUUAGGGGAUUAUUUAAUACAUUGAAUAAAAUAUUAACAACAAUUAAACAGAGACGACUUGUAGGAUGCCAGAUCUUGAGUUUAAUUCAUCAAUAUAUUCUUAAUGGUAAUGAAAUGGUUCAUGAAGCUGUUGUCAGAAUAUUCUCAUGUGUGAAUAAAGUAUUCGUCAAUCAACUGUGCACUUGGUUACUAUAUGGAGAGUUAAAAGAUCCAUGUCUAGAGUUCUUUAUUUAUCGGAAUGAAAAAAAUGAAUGUUCUGAUACAUUUCUCUCAUCGCCUUCAUCUAAUACAUGUGAUAAAUCAUUAGUAUCAACCCUUCAAGAUACUACAAUGGAUUGUGGAUAUCAUCUUACUUCGAAUAUGAUACCAUAUUUUAUGCCACUUUCACUGGCACAGGAGAUAUUAUUUAUUGGAAAGACUGUAAUCCUCUUUAGUUUUGAUCCUAAGAAGGCCAAGAGAAGUCAAUGUUUCAUAUCAAGGGGAGUGUUACCUUUGCAGAGGUGUGGAGUUGAUUCUAGAAGAUUUACAAUUUGGGAAGAAAAAGAAGCAGAAUUUCACAAUAAGUUACAAACAUUGAAAAAUCCCGAAGUUUUUGAAGUUGCUAAUUUACGUUGCGUCAUUAGAGAUAUUAAGGAAUGUGUAACCAAACAUCUAUGGGUAGUUGCUGUAGAGGAGGCUCAUUUACUACAUGAGCUUCAACUGAUGAAAGAUUUCUAUCUCUUAGGCCGUGGAGAGUUAUUUCUAGAAUUAUUGAGACUGACCUCACAUAUACUGGACAAGCCCACCAAUAGAACUGCUACCAGAGAUAUGAAUCAUGCAUUUCAGCUUGCCGCUAGAGCAGUUUUCUUAAGCAACAGUACUGAUAUAGAAAAGUUCAAUUUUGAAUUACCUUAUGUCAAACCAAAUAUUUCUGGAAACUCCUCAAUUGAAGAUGAUAGUAGCACAGUGGCUGACGGUUGGUCGAGUAUUGUCCUGAAAUAUGAUUUCAAGUGGCCGUUGCAUCUAGUGUUUACUCCUGAGGUGCUAGCGCGUUAUAACGAUAUGUUCAGAUUGCUCUUACGUAUCAAGAAAACUCAGCAUGAUUUGCAUGCGCUAUGGAAGGCCUACAAACACUCGACCAGUUUCUCCAUGUGUCAACUGCACAACAAAUUGAUGUUCCUUAUGGACAAUCUCCAGCACUACCUACAAGCCGAUGUGCUGGAAACUAACUUCUCUCGUCUUAUGGAUGCUGUGGCGAAGACAAACGACUUUGAACGAUUGAAGAAAGCGCAUGCUACUUUCUUAGCUGAUGUUCUCAGUCAGUCUUUUUUGACUGUUACUUCUAUAUCUCAGCAUGAGAGCGAACACAGUGACACAACAGACUCCAUUAACAACCCAGUGUUCUGCAAUAUAAUGGAGCUGUUGAAAUUGUGCGAUUCUUUUUGUAGUAUGGGCGAAUUAGCUUCGGACAGGGAGACCGAAGACUACUACAUUCGGGGAUAUUCUGACAGAUUCAACAAAUUAGUGAAACAACUAAUGCAACUUUUGGUGUCUUUGCGGGACCGUCCUUGCGGAGUAUUUCUGGCUAGGUUACUCAUGAGAUUAGAUUACAAUCGGUGGCUUAGCGGGGAAGCUCAGCUAACGCAAUCAGUCACUAAUAUGCUGCGAUAUUAAUAUUAUAGGACAAUGUCUUGAAACAUUAACAGAGAUGUAAUGAGGAAGUAUCAACCUAGAUGUCGCUACGGUACUUUCCUGAUUUCUCCAUGACAACCCUUCCAGUUUUCUUUCAUAUAUAAAAGUAAAUUAGUUUUCAAAACUCAGUGGAAAACAACUCAUAUUCUGUUUGUACUUUUUCGUACUUGAUAUUUAAGUUUCGAACUUUGCACAGUUUUAUAUGUUAGUUAAAAGGAACGGAAAUUACUAUCUUUGGUCCAUACGUUACCUGCAAAAAAAACUUUUGCUAGAGUCGCCAUUAAGUGGAGGUGCUUUUUUAGUGCAUUCUUUUAAUACUUCCUCAUUGUGAUAUGCAAGAUUUGGUUAACCUUAGAAAAAAGUCUUUUUAUCAAAGAGUAUCUUUUCUCCUUACAGUACAUAUACUAUAUUUGUUGUAUCUUGUGAAUAGUAUAUGUAUGGUUAUUAUGAUUUUGCUUAUACACAUUGUUAAAAUAAAAAUAAAGUACUACAAAAUCAGUGCAUGAUAGGGUAAAACCCUAUGAAUCUACUUGUAAAUAAUGUUAUCAGACUUUUUAUGGUUUUUAAUUUAAACUAUCGUUAAUUCAUAUAAAUUGCUUCAU